AUGGGGCGCACACUUGAGGACGAUGACGAGUGCUUUCCCAGAGGAAAAGCACCUCUUGCAAAACCUCUCGCAAAGUCUCCCGCAAAGCUUUCCACACCCCGACCUGCAAAAUCCCGCAAGGCCGCGGAAGCCAGCCAUGCCGCGACGGACGGGGACAGGGUUUUAGGUGGCGAGGGUUUUGUGGGUGAUGAAGGAAAGAAAAAAGAAACUCCGGAAAAGAAGGGGAAGGCGAAGCUUGCGCGUGGGGAGGGAGGAGCGAAAGAUCGAAAGCGGGCUCGCGAGGAGGUCGCAGCAGGAGAGGCGGAAGCAUCUGGAGAAAAGCAGGCGAGAUAUGGAGAGCCGGGGAAAAAAACCGGCAAGGCGGAAAAAGCGCAGGCGCAGGGAGAGGGGAAAGCGGCGGCGGAGGGGAAGAAGAAUAAGCGGAAGAAGGGAGCGGGUGGUGCGGUAAAGCAGGGGGUGAGCGUGCUAGAGGAGUGGGUGGAAGAAGAGGAGGACAUCGGCGCGCAGAUCGCACUUGCGAGAGCUGAGGAAGCUGCGAAGAAGGAGGCGGAGGAGGUUAAGAGGCGCCUGGGAGAUAAGGAGAGCACCGCGACGAGUGUGAAGGGCUUCACUGCUCAGGACGCCACGCCAGGGACGCAGCUGUGGGGCUGUGUUGCUGAGGUCACUCCGUCCGGCCUUCUUAUCAGCCUGCCACAUGGCGUGUUCGGGUUUGCUGACGUGGCAGAAGUAUCUGAUCAGAUAUCGGGUUGUUUAGGGAAGGCGGAAAAGGGAGAGGCAGUGGAUUGGGGGCAGGAGGAUGAGGAGAUGAAGGAGGAAGGUGAGGAGGAGCAGGAGGAGGGGGAGGAAGAUGGAGCAGGAGGCGAGAGCAUCAAGCAGAAGUCUCCCCGCGAGCGAGCAGCAGAGUGGAUGGCGCGCAUAUUCUCUCAGGGCCAGCUCGUUCCCUGCACUGUGCUCCGCGCCCCUGCUGCUGCUGCUGGUAGCAACAAUACAGCUGUGGCAGGGGCGGGGGCGGGGGCGGCAGCAGCGCUUGCAGAAGUGGCGGUGUCGGUGCGUCUGACACGCGUGCAGGGCCCUGUGGUGCGCUUCAAGACCGUGCCUGCACACACGGAGCUAUGGGCGGCAGUGGAGAGUGUGGAGGAGCAUGGGCUCAUCCUGUCCUUCGGCCUGCGCACCAUCACUGCCUUCCUGCCCUUCACCCAACUCACCCAACGAUUCCCUGGAGUGACGUUCCGCAAGGGCCAGCUUCUGCCAGUGCCGGUGGUGGUGGAGGGGCGGGACAAGGCACACAAGACGCUCACAGUCUCGCUCGAACCCACCCCUGCCACUGUCAGUGCCAAGGCGAUCACCUGCUAUCUUCCGUGCCUCUCAUGUGCUGCUUCAUAG